UUAUUAAUCUGUGCGUUUGGCCACAUAAAAGCAUCUUUCACACACUCUGGAGUCACUCAGAUCCUCUCGUCACCAUGUCGUUCACUGGGAAAUAUCAGCUGGAGAGUCAGGAGGGAUUCGUGGAGUUCAUGAAGGCCAUCGGUCUUCCUGAUGAUCUGAUUGAGAAAGGCAAAGACAUCAAGAGCGUCUCUGAGAUCGAGCAGAACGGAGAUCACUUCAAAGUGACCGUGACGACCGGAGCCAAAGUUCUGACCAACGCCUUCACCAUCGGACAGGAGGCCGACAUCGAGACGCUGACCGGAGAGAAAGUCAAGGCUGUCGUGAGCAAAGAGGGAAACAAGCUGAAGGUCGUCCUGAACAAAAUCACGUCGGUCACGGAGCUCGUGGACGGGAACACGCUGGUCAAUACGCUGACUCUGGGAAACCUCGUCUACAAGAGGACCAGCAAACGCGUGGCGUGAACACAGACGGAGAGAAAAGACAAAAAUGAUGUGUUUUUUUAAAUAAAGUGUUCUCAAAAUCA